AUGCCGACCCGUACCCGACCCGACCCCCAUAUUGCAUCUGCCAUCAUUCCAGCAGCUUCAGUAGUCUCCGUACCAGCGGUAGGCAAUAUAUUUCCACAACAAAAAACACGAGGCGGAGAAGAAUGGGGCCCGUUGUCAUCCACAUUAUUAAGAGCAUCACUAACAAGCAGUCUUUUAACGUCACAAGAUUUAGAAAGAAACGCUCCUCCAGUUGUUACAUCAAGUAUGAUGGGCAACGGAGAAAGUUCAGAUGAGGAGAGUGAUAUUGAUGAAAAUAUUGAUGAACGACAACAACUAAGGGCACAAAAUCGCGAACCAUUCUAUGCACCGAACAUAAGAAGCGCAACACCUCGUUCGGCUACAUUAUCUGAUAUUGAGCGUAGAGCUAUGGGUCAUAUCACCGAUGAAGAGACGUCUGCUGCAAACAGCAGUUCACGUCAGGUAUCUGGCGUCGGUGAUACCAAGCAUUCCUUAAAUGCUCUAGUGAAGGUCACGCCGGUUUUAAAUCCGAAGCAAGCUCUUCUAGACGAAUUGUCAUCGGCAGAUGAAAAAAGUUUGCAACCAGCAGUCGUCACGGUAACUCGACAAUCUGUUUUAAAUUUGGCGAGUAGUGUUCCAUUAAAUCAAUCAACUACCAAUCAAAAAGCAUCAACAAUAAUGAGAUCAGAACAACUUUUAGAAACAAAAUCUAGUACAAGAUCUUCAUUUGAUAUGCAGGGUAGCGGUAAAUCAUUAUCAGUCACAUUCAGAGAGCCGGUACAUGAAACGUUCGAGGCAGAAACGGAAUCCUUAUCCAAACAGUCAUCACAUUCAGCAGCAUAUACCCCAGCGACCGUAUUUUCAAUGCCAAAUGAUGCUGUUCAAGAUAGAAUAGAAAUCAUUCCACCGCCGCGAGAAUAUCAACUAGAUAUCAAUGAACUAGAAAGAAAAUAUAAUGGUCAAAUCGAACAAAACACAUUGUUAAAUGAACAAGUUCAUAAAUUACAACAGUCGAACUCUGAACAACGAAGACGUUAUGAUGACUUAUUCAAUCGUUUACAAGAUACGCAAAAUAUCAGUCAACGAGAUUUAUCUGAUCUUUUACGACAAUCUGGUCGAGAUCAAAUCCGUGAUCUUGACAGUUUAAAUAAGACACUGCAAAGUCGUUGUGCGCAACUUGAAAAAGAAUUAGACGAGAUAAGAGAAAAAAAUUCAAGUCAAAGUCAAUCAGGAAUACGCGAACUAAAGAAUGAGAAUCAUCAAUUAAAAGAUUACGUACACCGUUUGAAUGCAGCCUUGAGUGAAUUACAAUCACAGUAUCCACCAGCGUCUUAUAAAAAGGGAAUGGAGAAAGAGCAGAAAAAGUUAAUGCAAACUGGAUUACCUAUGAAAGGACCAACUCCAAGUUGGCUACUGAAUCAGAAGUUUCUUGCACCAUUAUUUAUUUGUUACGAUGAAAAACUACGUGAAAAAGAUGAAUUUUUAAAAAAAAUACAAACUCAAUUACGCGACUUGUCUAAUCAAGUCAAAGUGAUUUCACAAGAAAAUUUGACAAUGCAUGAAAAAUUAUCUAAAUCAACGAUAAACGAUGGAACUCAUCUAUCCGAUGUAGAUCAUAUUAAGAAACAAGCAUACCUUGUACUCGAAGAAAAUAAAGUUUUACAAGAACAACUUGAAUUUCAAACAAAUCGUUUAACAGAUGUACAAAAAUCACAAAUACAAGAGGUAUCGAAAUUAACAAAACGUUUAUUAUUAAUUGAAAGUGAACGAACAGAAACCGAUAAAAAUUUGGAAACUGUUCGUUUAAAAAAUCAAGAUUUAACUAGACGAUAUGAACAAUUAAUGGUUGCCAAUGAUCAUCGUAUUAAUGUUGAUGAACAUGUUAGAGAAAUAAGUGAAAUGAAACGUUUAACAGAUGAAUUAAGUGAAAAACAUGCAUCAGAAAUGCAUUUAUUAUUAAGACGUGUUCAAGAUGCUGAAUCAUCAAAAAAGAUUGUUUCACUUAAAUUAACCGAUAGUAAAAGUGAAAUUGAACGAUUAAAAGGAGAAAUGAGAGCAUUGAAAAAAAUUAACAGAAAAUUUCAACUUCGAAUACAAAAUUUUGAAAAAAAAUUAGAGAUACAGCAAAUUAAAGAACAAAAAACAUUAUCAGUAUUAGCAAAAGUAACAGAUGAAGCAGAUCAUAUAAAACUUGAACGUGAUACAUAUCAUUCAAUGGCAAAAGCCAAAGAAGAGGAUAUGAAUAAAAAUCAAGCACGUAUCCUAGAUGAAUCAGUAAAAUUAGCACGAUUAGAAGAAAAACUCGAAGUUUACAAAGGAAAAACAAAAGAAAAAGUGACUGAAGUUCAAGAACAAAUGAAAAAGCAACAUGAAAACUUAAAACUUCGAAAUCUAGAACAAGAACAACGAAUUCAACAAUUAUUAUCACUAUUAAAUGAAAAACAAGUAUUAGUUGAUGAUUUAUAUUCCGAAAAAAGAAAUUUAGAAGUUGAAUUAGAAACCAUAUGGCAAACAACGACUGCCGAUAAUUUACGUAUGCGUGAACAAUUAAUUGAAAUGAAAGUUGCUUCAUAA